AUGUUCGCCGCUUCCACUUUUGUCGAUAUCAACGAUCUCGAAAAACAAGGGUUCAAAUCUCACCGGGAGACCCGAGGAGUCUUUUUCAACAAAGUUAGAACCUUGUAUGAUGCAGACCUUGAGACGGAUUCAUUGGUCCUGAUUCAAGUCCUCGUGCUGAUGACCUACUGGUACGAUAGACCGGAAGACUUAAAGAAACGGUCGCAUUGGAUGAGGAUUGCAUUAUCAUUUGCCACUGACAUCGGGCUUAUUCAUAAUUCGGUAUUGGUUGGCCUGUCGCCGGCCCAACAAAGAUUACGACGUCGGCUGUGGUGGUGCUCACUAAUGAGGGACGAACUUAUUUCGUUCAGCGAACGACAGCCAAGUAGUAUUACGUGGGAUGAAAUCGAUUUCCCUCCACUUUCGAUUGACGAUCUAGACAGUGGUGCUCUUUCUAAAGCUCUGGAACGAUAUCAUAUACCAGACCAUGACAAAGAGUCCGAGAUCCUCACAGAACUAUGCCUCCAAAAGAUCAGACUUUGCGUUCUCAUUGGGCGGAUUCUACAUACUCAGUAUGAAUUGAGCAGCCAUCGACGCAGAACCUCUUCACGAUCUAAGUUGCUGCUGAUACCGAAAUUUUCAGGCUCCGCCAGCGCUGAAUAUAUGUCUCGAGAUCAGGAGCUACGUAAGUGGGGUGACGAUGUAUGUGAGGCUUUGCACGAUUCCAUAGACAAGGACCCCCAACGUAACAGCACUUUAGUGGGCAUUCACAGUGCCGUGCUGGAACUUCUGUAUAUGACUGUCCUUGGUAUGGCCCAUCGCCCACAGAUGCUGAAUAGACAUCUGGGCGAUUCCGCGGCGAAGGCGCUUCAAGAAUUUUCGCAACAAACCCUCAGAACAGCUGCAAAGCGCAUCUCAGAAAUUGCCGACUACCUAAGUAGUGCGGAGCUUCUAUGGUUUUUACCACCAAUUGGGUUGACUGCAUUGCUAUUUGCAGCAAUGCAGCAUAUCAAGGAUUCACUAUCGUCAUCAACCACACUCCACAAUACGGCUGAACAAGGUCUUGAGUGGACUGUGCAGGCGAUGAUCCGACUUAAAGAAAUGUACCCGCAAGCACAUCACGCUCUUGCUUUCUUGGAACUGGUUCGGACUAAAAACCUUCAAGUUGAUGAAAGCUCGGAAAGGUCUAUUUUCUCAUUCUUCCGUGACGAAGCAACUCACUAUGUGCCUGCACUCCAGCAGGCGGAGGCGGACCGCAUCAUGUCUGAUGCUCAAGAGCGUCAUGAAUUGAGGGUGGAUUAUCCGAACUUGAACCCAUCCACAGAAUCGACUUCGAACAACUCAGUCCGGGAGGGAAUUGACUAUUCUCAACGCAGAGGAUUUAGUUUCGAGUCGUUUCUGGAUCUCGAUGAGGCUUCCGAAAUAUUUCUCUCCGGGAACUUCGACAUUGCGGAAUUUGAACGAGUAGACUGGACCGAAGUCUUCCAGGAUCGAAGCGGGGACCCUGCAUGA